AUGACGGUGAGUCGUCUCCGCACUUUCUUAGACCCUUCACAAUACGUCGGUACUAUGAAAGGGUUGGAGUACCGGAACGUUGUACCAUAUAACGUAUUCAAAGCCAACCCGUUGGGGAAGAGUAUCCGUGUGCUGUACAACUACAAUACGGAGGCGGCGGGCAACACAAAAUUCACUGCCUUUGACGACGUGAAGCACUUUGCACUGUGCCAGAUGCUGAAAGAAUUGUAUGUGGGUAUCACGCGCGCCAAGGAAAAGGUGGUGUGUGUGGAUGAUAGAGACGCAUGUGAUGAUGAUGAGCCCCAGAUAUAUGCCGAUGUGUUCAGUGAUAUGCUGAUAUCAUCAGAGUCCAAGAAUGAGGUAGAAUUUACGCGGUCAUCCACAAGGGAAGAGUGGGCCCUCCGAACUAAGGCGUUGCAAAACCAAAAGAUGUUUGAGGAGGCCGCGAUUGCCUAUGCACGCGGGUCGCACCCCGAGAAAGUCGCGGAGAUGAAGGCGCUGCUUGCAAGGAGAGCGUACAAGGAUGGAGGUGACACAUCCAAGCUCAUAGAGGCAGCGGAAUUCUACGAGGAGGCAGGCAUGGCAGGGCAGGGCGCUGAUCUGCUACGCGAUAACAAAUUCUACGAAGAAGCGGCAGCCAUGUAUGAGAAACUUGAAGGUAGAGGUAAAGAGACAGUGACAUGUUACUGGCAGAGCCAUCAGCCUCUCAAGGUGUAUACAGCCCUCGAGAAAAACCGCCACGCCUACGAGAAAGUGGCCGAUUUGGACAACAUGUACAUCGAAUUGGCUCCAGUACUAUUCCAGAAAGAUGAACCUGAUCUGGGCCUCAAGUGCAUCACUCGUAUAUCCGACACGGACUCCAAUAUAGAUCGUGUGUGUCCCAUCUUAGAAGCAGCAGUUGCCGAAGAGUCCACAAAAGCGGAAAAUGCUACUAGCCAGGGGACGAAGGGUAAGAAGGGCAAGAAGGGCAAAAAAAGUACUGCCUUGCGAACGGAGCUUCGAAAGAAGUUGAAGAUGCGCAAGUACUUUAAGGAUACUGAAAAUCUACUAUCCGAUACUAUGCGGGAAGUUGGGGUGAUGGUUCGAGCGAUCUUACCACGCCAUGGCGCGGCUAUUGAUUAUAUCACCAAUACCUGGUGCAACCCGGUUGAAAUCGCGCUGUCGUAUGUCGACCCGAAGGAGGCUAUAGGUAUCGAAAGCCGACCCCUUAUGCAUCUGAUGUCGACUCUGCUGCUGUACGCUGUGGUUGUCAUGUGCCUCAAAAUAACUCGGAAUGGCAAUAGCAAGCUAGGGGCGAAGGAGUUGAUUCCGGCUUUCAUCCAGAGAACUAACUCCGUUAUUCUUUGGGCAGACCUGUUUCACAAGCACACCUGUGCUUCGCGUCUGGCGGUAUUUAAUAAGGCAUCGGUGGCCAUACUGCUGCACGCAGCUAUGGCGGAAAAUAAGCAAUACGGUUUUGCGACACAGGCUUGUUAUUUCGUUUCCGUGCAUCUUUUCGAGAACGGUUUUGAUUGUGAAAAGGAGGGGUUACAUGUACCUCCUCAUCCAUGGAUAUGCUAUCUGUGA